AUGUCCGUGCGAGGAGGAGUGCGUAUCAGCACCCCUCAACCCUCAAGUGGCAGCCACCACCCGCCACUUCAUGAAGACCCGCAGACAGGAGGGCCUUCAAACCCCGUCUCGGAGGUAGACUCUGCGCCUGUAGCGCCACCACCAUUGGGUUUUGGUAAACCAAUUCCUACAUACGCCGGUUCAGCGGCGUACAACCCAUUUGAGCAGCCGGCCCACACCAACUACAACUAUGCUGAGGUUGAUCCUUACCAGGCCGCAUGGGAUUACAAUGCUCUCCACCCGGAGGGACCUUAUGGAGCUCCAUGGGGAGUUGGAUACCCAGCUUAUGGGUACCAACAACCGCCACCUCCCCAACCUCUACGCCAGGAGCCGCCGCAACCGCAACUGAUACCCCCAGAACGCCAACAGGAGGUUCUCGAUAGCUUGGACCAAGUUGAGCGGGAAGUUCAAGCAGAGCGCAGAAACAACCAAGGCUUCUUCAAGGGUUUGGCAAACCUGAUCAAGGGGAAGACCAAGAAGAGGGAUUUUUGA